ACAACUACCAAAGGGUCACGGACUCCUGGGUGGUUUCGCGUUUCCGUCGAGUGAAACCUCUGAGGUUGCUUCUGAGGGAUCACCUUGACUGGCCGUCAAGUCCAGCAUUACUCCGGUCAUUUGGUUCAGCUGGUGAUGAGAUGGGGACCAGCCAGUCUAUGUGCUUCCCGCCUGUCUCCGGACCCCACCUUGUGGGCUGUGGGGAUGUGAUGGAGGGGCAGAGUCUCCAGGGGAGCUUCUUUCGACUCUUCUACCCCUGUCAAGAGGCAGGGGAGGCCACGGAGCGACCGCUGUGGAUUCCCCGCUACGAGUACUGCACUGGCCUGGCCGAUUACCUGCAGUUUAAUAGGCGCUGGGUGGGGCUGCUGUUCAACCUGGCUGUGGGAUCUUGUCGCCUGCCUGUUAGCUGGAAUGGCCCCUUUAAGCCGAAGGACUCUGGAUACCCCUUGAUCAUCUUCUCCCAUGGCCUAGGAGCUUUCAGGACAUUGUAUUCAGCCUUCUGCAUGGAGCUGGCCUCUCGUGGCUUUGUGGUGGCGGUGCUGGAGCACAGGGACCAGUCAGCUGCUGCUACCUAUUUCUGCAAGCAGGCCCCAGGGGAGAACCAGCCUGCCAAUGAGUCACUGGAGGAGGAAUGGAUCCCCCAUCGUCGGAUUGAGGAAGGGGAGAAGGAAUUCCAUGUUCGGAAUCCCCAGGUACACCAGCGGGUAAAGGAGUGUGUUCAGGUGCUGAGGAUCCUGCAGGAAGUUACUGCAGGGGAGACUGUCCUCAACGUCUUGCCUGGUGGGUUGGAUCUGAUGACCUUGAAGGGCAGUAUUGACACGAGCCGCGUGGCUGUGAUGGGACAUUCAUUUGGAGGGGCCACAGCUAUUCUGGCUUUGGCCAAGGAGGCCCAGUUUCGGUGUGCUGUGGCCCUGGAUGCUUGGAUGUUUCCUCUGGAACGGGACUUUUACCCCAAGGCCCAGGGCCCUGUGUUCUUUAUCAAUGCUGAGAAAUUCCAGACGGUGGAGAGUGUCAACUUGAUGAAGAAGAUAUGUGCCCAGCACGAACAGUCCAGGAUCAUAACUGUCCUUGGCUCUGUCCAUCGGAGUCAAACUGACUUCGCUUUUGCAACUGGCACCUUGAUUGGUAAAUUCUUCUCUGCUCAAACCCGAGGGAGCCUGGACCCCUACCAAGGUCAGGAGAUUAUGGUGCGGGCCAUGUUGGCUUUCCUGCAGAAACACCUCGACCUGCAAGAGGACUACGACCAGUGGAACGACCUCGUUGAAGGCAUUGGACCAUCGCUCACUCCAGGGGCCCCACACCAUCUGUCCAGUCUAUAGGCACAACUAGCUGUUUAUGGAAGGUCACUUGAGCUGAGUUUCCAUUUGCGGGCUGCCCAGGAGCACCCAUACUCUAUCAGGAAGUGGUCAGCAUGACCAUUCGGCACGGAUUGAGAGGAUAUAAUCACACUGCUGAUUGGAUAACUGGGUACUUUAAUCUUGGACUUGAUGUUAAACUCACAUUGGGACAGAUCACUGGUUGAUUGGCAGACUGACUCUCUGGGGCCUGAACCCUGACGGUGUGGGGGACAAGCGGUGAGUUGGGGCUGGAAGUGCCGGCCUCCAGGCUGAGCCUGGAAAGCCUGGAGUGAAGACACCCUGGUGGGCCUACUCCCUCACUGUGGGCCAGGGUUGCUUCUUUAGCAGAAGCCAAGGGACAGAGUGAAAAUCUUUGGGCCCCUCGCCUGGCCUGGCACUCUCUUGCUUCCUACCUCUCAACCUUCUCCCUCACAGGGUCACUUGCUGAAGUAUGAACACUUCAGGUAGCUUUCUAGGAUAUGGGCCGUCAUCACAUUUGCCAUUUAUUUUCAAGUGUUCCCACUGCAAGAAACAGCCUCGGGCACUUAGUCCUGAGUGACAUGAGCCCACAGGGAGCAGACAGUAUUGUUCUCAUAACACAGGAAGAGACACACAGGCCCAGAAGCUCUGGGUGUCUUUGGGGUGUUGCCAAAAGUGUGUCCUGACAGGAACCAACAUGAGGAGGUUGGGAUGAGCAGGUAGAAUAACGGUGCUUAGUAGCCAUUCACACAGGCCCUUGCCACAAGAGGGAGGUGGUUUGGUCAGCAUAAACCCAGGAGGCCACUCCUAGAGAAGUCUAGGGUCAGCUUGGUCUUGCCUCCUACCUCAGAUACCAUGAACCUCCAACUUACUCAGAAUCGGGGUGCUUUCAUUGUCUGUUUUGCUUCAAGGGUCUUGGCCCAACUUUAAGUCAGGAUACUAGAUUUGCAUUCUGUUCCAUUUAUAAUUUAAGUGAUACUGAUACUCACGUUUGCCUAACGAUAUGUUAGAAUAUUUUCUCUAUUUAAUCUGCAUUAGAGCAAGAUGGAGAGCCAUCUGGGAGUGACUUUUCCUUCUGUUUUUCUUUGUUCACUAACCACUCUGUGAAGAAAAAAAAAUCUUUAAAAGAAAAGGAAAUCUUCCUAGAGGUGUAGUUCAAAGCUGGAUGGGAAUGUCCACCCAAGACCCCAAGACUUCUCACUUUAGUCCAAAGAAGGGGACCCCAGGAGAGGCUAGAACAAAAGAGAAGUGUGCUUCUGCAUGGUAGUUCAAGGUUAGGGCUCCCAAAGCAAGCUGUGAUUUCUAGUGAGACACAGGGUCAGGAGGAAAUGAUUACAACCCUGGGUUCUGGAGUGAGAUAGUCUGCUUCCAGGUCCUAGUUCCACCACUGCCAACUGGAUAAAUUUGAACAAAUGAUAUGCUUUUUCCAAUCUCAAUUCCUGAAUUUCUAAAAUGAGGGUCUACCUUACGAAUAGUGGGGAGAAUUAACUGAGAGGGUAUAUAACCCAUGGGUUAUUAAAAUGUAUGUUUUCUACUUUCCAAAUACAGGAGGGUUUUCUAAGUUAUAGUUAUUAUUUUCUAGAUGAAUUGCUUUGUGGUCAGAGAAAAUGACCCAUUUGAUUUCCAUCCUUCAAGAUUUAUUGAAACUUAAUUGUUGGCCCAGUGUGAGGUCGAUUUUGUAAAUGUUGCACAUAUACUUAAAAAAAAAAAAAUCUGUCUACUCCGAA